AUGAUGGGCGGCAUGUCGACAUUGCUCUGGGCCAUGAUCUUCUUUCUGCUCAUCGUGUAUGUCACAGCGCUGCUGUUCCGGGAGUUGCUGGGUAGGAGAGACGUGCCCAACGUCAAGGAGUGGUUCGACUCGGUGCCCCGCGCCAUGUAUUCCACCUUCAGAUGCAGCGUCGGGGACUGUUCUACACUCUCCGGCCAGCCGAUCUUCGAGUUUGUGCAAAAGGAGAUGGGAACUGUCUACAGCCUGAUCUACUGCCUCUUCGUCUUCGCGGUGACCAUCGGGCUGUUCAAUGUCAUCUCGGCCAUCUUUGUAGAGACGACAAUGGCGGCGGCGCAGAAGAUGGCGCAGGAGAAGAAGAUCGCCAAGCACGGGGACGAGAAGCUGCUGGCCGCCAGGGUCACGCGCUUCAUCACCUGCAUCCUGAAGUACUCGGACCGUGGCGAGCUGAAGCACGCGCGCUUCUCCGAGGCGGUGAAUGAGCUCUUUGAGAUUGAGGUGGCGCGCAGCGUCAUCGACAGCACCAUCAAAGACCCCGAGGCCAUCCAAGUGCUCAACGACUUGGACAUCCAUCCGCAGGACCGCGCACGGCUCUCGGACAUCUUCGACCCAGACAAUGGAGGCACCGUGCAGCUGUCUGACGUGGCCGCAGGCAUUCGCAGACUCCGGGGCGAGCCCAGAAGAAGCGACAUCGUUUGCGUGGACCUUAUGAUCCGGACAAUACAAGUGCAGGUGGCGGAGAUUCUGAUGGUUGUGACCGGCCUGGCAAGUGCGAGGCAAAGAUGA